AUGAUUCUUCGUUAUGGGCCUAUAGACUUGAGGCCGACUGAAGGUGGAAUAAGGAUCCCAGCAGCUAAGGGUGAUCAGUCUUCUUCUCCUGGUUUCCGCUUGGACAUUCCAGAGGCAGUCUUAAGUCACCACAGAGGUAAUGGUAGCACUGACGAGAGAAAACCCAUUUUAAAGGAGGCCAUAUAUCGGAGCUUAUGGUAG